UCAUUUGUGAAAAUGUCUGCUUGGCAUUGUCGACUUUCGUUUAUCUUGAAAUUCUUGUAAGAAACGAAGAAAUGGCAGCUGCCUUUAGACUGUCGAAAGUGUUCAGCUUCGUGUCUCGUAGGUGUAUACCGUUAAUCCGUAGCCAAACCCUCCGAUUAGUUCUGGGUACGUCCACUGUGGCUCGACUCCGGAGCACCCUACACGUUGAUAUCGAGCAAUGUGACAUCGACACACCGAUCCCUUUAUGCGGCAUCCCAGAGUUUGAUAAGGAAUUUUUGAAGACCAAAGAUGCAACAACAACUCUGUAUGAAGUCACACUUGGUAUACUGGUAAAAACUGAAAAUGAAUGCACACAACUCAUCUAUAAACUCAUAAAUUAUUACUCUGACUAUAUGAAACGUGUAGGCCACCUUGAUGAAGAAGGGGAAAGAUUAUGGUGUCUCAUCAUUGACACUCGAACAGAAAUCAAUGAUUGCAAAGACAAAAUCCAGAAAUUACAAAUGGUUUUAAGCAGUAUGAACAGGCUAAUCGUGCAGUUAGCGGAAGUUGCCUUUAUGUCAGGUAAUGAAGAAUUGAGUUCUGAGAUUCAUUCCUCCCCGCUGCAGAUGUGGCAAGAAGCUGACGAAGCAAAAGAAAGAAGACUAUAUGCCAGUGGAUUGAUGAAUGAAUGUAUUGCGAAAGACAUCUUGGUAACAAGUGAUGUUGAGCCCCGGAAUGAUGUCUCUAAUGCAAGUUACAAAACAGAACAAGUCCAAGAUAUUCCAAAAGCUAAACAGCCAACUAAUUCUGACAUGGAUUCUAUACCAAAGUGACAAUUUUGUAUGACAGAAGCAUCACAAGUUUAAUGAAAUAGCUUUUAUGUUGUCACUCAGCUUGCUUGAAAAAGCAGCUAAAUCACUUUCAAAUAAUACAUUCCUAUUGUCAAAAAAA